CCAGGGCACCUAGUUUCUGUUUAGGCCUAACGUAUUUAUGGCUUAUGAGUAAAAACGUUUGACAAAAUCAAAAACUAUCAUAGAAAGAAAAACACUCAUGCAAGAUUUUUCUAGAGUACCUUGACGAAUGCUCAAAUGUAGUAUUUUAACUGAUGGCUAGACAGUUGAUGAAGAUCUUAGUGGCUGGGCCAUUAUGGGAGAUAAUGACAAGCCAUUUGCUUGCCCAAUAACAGGAUGUAACAUGAGAUUUGCAAAUGAAGAUCACUUGACUGUUCAUAAAAGAAAGCAUGAUAUGUCACUCAACUUGACCAGUGGACUAUAUAUGAAGUCAUCUUUUGUUGACCAAACACCCACACCAACAAGAUUUAUUUUAAACUGUGAAGAAGUGGGCCUGUUUCAAGAUUUGAACCCAUUUGAGGAACAGUUUCGUAAAGCUGCUCAGGCUGCUGCAUCAGGACAGUUGACCAUUCCAGAAGUACUUUUCUUUUUUAAAAGUUUGGCAUCACCCGCAACUACUAUAAAGCCAUCUGUCACAGGACAACCUACAGCAGUUGUCACUAGAGUGAAAAAAAACCUAACAUCAUCUAAUCAUACACAGGUACCUUUAGUCUCAACAUCGGGAUCACCUGGAACUACGGGAGUGACUACAGCCAGCAUUGUUAAACCAACUACUUCUUCAACUGCUGCACCGGUUUUCCAAUUGGUUUUGAAGUUUCCCGAUGGUCAUUCAAUGCCAGUUCAAAUUCCUGUAGUUCCAGUAGCACCAGCUCCAAGUACUACUACCACCCAGCCACUCUCCUAUGGAACAGUGGUAUCAUCUCCUAAAGUCUCUUCAUCUUUGAUUGAACAGAACAAUUCCACAACUAAACUUAAACUGAAACAAUCCAUUAUGCAAGGCCAAAAUGCUGCCACUAUAAGUUCCAGGGGGAAGAACCCCUCAGAAAACACUAGACUUCAACCUGUAGUUUUGGCAACACCUAUAAACAAUGAAGCAGUCAUGCAGGAACAGGUUAAUCACAAACCAGGAAGGAAGCGCAGAGAGUUUGAUGAAGAUCCAGAUGAAAAACGAAGAAAGUUUUUGGAACGAAACAGAGCUGCUGCAACUAGAUGUCGAAUGAAGAGGAAACAGUGGGUUCAAGACCUAGAGAAAAAAUCGAAAGAACUAUCUAGUACUAAUUCUGCACUUCAGAAUGAAGUGGCUACGUUAAGGAAUGAAGUAGCCAGGCUAAAGACUAUGUUACUAGAUCAUAAAGACUGUCCUGUGACUUUACAACAGCAGGCAGCUAGCAACACAGAAAGGGCUUUAACAAAAGAGUCAGCUCCCUGUCCUCCACUCCCAGUGACCACCUUUCUUCCAGUUACAGAAUCAAUCAUUGUAGAACCAAUUAUCACCAAUGUGGGUCAUCCCGAUAUGGUUGUGUGCACUACUGAACAAGAAGACAUGACUUUGGAAGUAAUUAAAGUGCAAAACUCUUCUCUUCAUUGCAUUCAUGACAGCAGUACUUCUGCCAGUAAUGGAGACUAAUGCACAUAUUUGUUUUUGUUUUUUGUACAGUAUAUAAAUGUAUUUCUGAGGUUAAGACACCAUACGUGUAAGUAAUCAGUUUUCAUUUCUUUGUGGAAUUUAUAAAACUUUCUAACUCUUUUGGGACUACAAACUGUGAUAAGUCUCAAAUUAUAGUCUUCACUAUUGUGUGUAUAUUGAAUGAUUUAUUAUUUAGAGAAAAAAAAUGUAUUGUUCCAUGGCUUUUUAAGUUUUCCGUGAAGCUUUAAAAAAAUAUUAGCGAAUUAGUCUGUAUGUAAUAGAAUUAUGUUUAUCUCAAACUGCAUUACCCUGCUAUUAGAAAUACUUAACUGGACCGGGCAUGGCCAAACUUUUAGCAUGCCAGCUAUGCGUCUGAAAGUCCAAAGAGAUUGGAGCCAUGAACACGCUUCUCACUUUCGGUUUGGGGGAGUGUUAUGACUAUUAUAGUUAAGCCUGCUAUUUGGUCAAUAGUAACUGCGAAGGUUGUGGGUAUUGCUAAUUGGAUGCUUUCCCUCUGAUCGGCAGUCUUAACUUGGGUAUGGCUAUGCUUAAAUCUUCGGGAUUACUGAGCAUACAUUGCUGUUCAGGUUGAGAAUACCAAAUACCACCACCAACAACAAGUUAACUAGAGAAAAAGUUGUCAUUUUUUCAAUAAAACCAAAAUGUUGGAGUUUGUAAUCUGAACAUUUUAAAUGAAAUUCAUCUUGAACAUCUGUAAGUAAUUUUUUUUCAAUAUGUCUGUUUUCUUUUUUA